AUGCUCAUCAUUGGAAACAGUCAGUCCGAACUAUGCAAGAGCAAAUAUCGGGGCCGUCUCGUCACAACAGAAGUGUUAUUUAUUGGACUCGGCAUAACAAUAGCAUACUUCUUCGUCUUUGGUCUCAGCUUCACCGACGGCCCACUGUCCUGGCGUCUCCCCAUCGCUGCUCAGGUGGUGCCCGCCCUGGCGAUUUGUAUUCUCGUCUUCGGCGUGCCAGAGAGCCCCCGAUGGCUUAUGAAAAUGGGUAAGAGGGAGGAGGCAAUCUCGGUACUGACCUAUGUUAUUAACGCGGACCCGGACGAUGCAUAUGUGGCUGGAGAGCACCACGCUAUGAUGAGCGCAGUGGCUCUCGAGGAGGAGAACGCGUUCCAAUGGAGGCACAUAUUCAAGCCAGACCCCCUCAGAACUGGAUAUCGUGUUGGUCUAGCCUCCCUGGCACUGUUCAUGAACCAGUGGGCCGGUAUCAACGUGAUCGUCUUCUACGCGCCCACAAUUCUGGAAAACAGCAUUGGUCUAGAGCGAACCGUCGCUCUGGCCGUGGCUGGGUGCGUCCAGUUUGCCUUUGUGGUCGGGUCUCUAGUGCCAUCGCUCGGUCUGGACCGCCUCGGACGCAGGCAACCGAUGAUGAUCGGGUCAGUAGGGAUGGCGAUAUCCAUGCUGCUGGUGUCCGUCUUAAUGUCGUUCAACGGCACCGACAAGCAGGAGCACACGUCCAAGGCAUCCAUUGCUUUUCUGAUCCUGUACAUGAUAUGUUUCGGCGCCAGCCUAAACGCCAUCCCCUGGUGCUACAGCACUGAGAUCCUGCCUCUCCGGGUGCGCGCACAAGGCACUGCGCUGGCGGUGAUGACCAACUGGAUCUGGGUGAGUGUGAUAGAUGAUCAUAUAGAUAUCCUCAGUCACAACACUGCUUACGGUGAAGUGUACCAGGUGUUCACAAUCGUCAUGGCCACCCCCACUAUGGUGGAAAGACUCGCGUGGAAAACAUAUCUCAUCUUCAUGGCCAUGAACGUGGUCUUUGUCCCGCUUAUCUAUUUCCUGUUCCCGGAGACUAGUGGGCUUACGCUUGAGGAUAUUGAUUAUCUUUUUAUGGACUCGCGUUCUAUUACUGCCGAGGGCAGUGUGCACUCGCCGGAUACGCCUGGGCUGGAUGAGGUUGAGAAGGGGCCGAGUUCGGAGCAUGUUGAGUGA